AAAAAAACUUUUAAUAUGUUACCAAUAAAAAAAGAACAUAUGCAAUAUUUACAUUCUUGUAAUAUUACCGUCAGGGAAUUUAAGCCGGCAAUGUCUCAGCCCCGUAAAGUAAUCCACCUACCAAAGCUCAGGAUGGUCCGUGGCCGCGCCAGUGGCAUCCGCAUCACCAAUGUGCAGACAGUCAAGCCUCCGGACCCUGAACUGGUCAAACAGCAGGAGGAGAGCAGGCUUCGGGCUCAGUUACAAAAGGAAAUUGUAUCACGAUCGCGCACCUGCAGUAACAAGAGCUAUGAGUGCUAUCUGCCGGUCGUCACAGGUCGCCAGUAUUGUGCUAGACAUAUUUUACAGGAUCCCACCGCGCCGUACAAGCAGUGCGCGCACAGCGGCGGCGGCGCGCGCUGCCCGCAGCCUGCGCCCGCGCCGCCCGCCUGCGCCGGCGCCGGCGCCGAGCCGCGCGACCACAGGGACCAAGGGCUGUGCUACCAGCACGCGCGCUCGGCGGCGGCGGUGCGCGCGCGCAGCUCGGCGCCGCCGCCGCCCGUCUCCACCACGGAGACCCUGCUGCACCAGCUCACACACUACGUCAGGAACGAGCGAACUAGAACGACAUCGUGCGCGUCGGCCGUGUCUGUGGUGAGCGAGCCUGAGGUGGACACCACCGCUCCGGAGGCUGCGGAUCCUUUCAAGCAAAUAGACGCAACAGCAGUAAACGCGUCAUACUCCACCUCCAUAAUGGAGUGUUGUAGCGCGAGCGACAGCGACGCCGACAGCCUCACGGCCGGCCCCGAGUACGAAGACGCCGUGUCAGACUAUGAGGAUAGCACUGUAGAGGACGGGCCUCUAUGGCGAGCGGGCGUGUACACAGCCGAAGAAGCAGUAUCAGAAGCCAAAAACGCGCUAGUGUCGCUACAGAGCGCCUACAUCCGCCAGAUGUCGCACCUGCGGUGUUUGUUACAAACCGCGAGGCUUAAAUACUUGCGGGAGGUCAAGGCAGAGAAGGAGUUGUACUGCAGCAUCAACGCGCAGGCCCGCAGCGGGCCGCUGACCGUCCGCGAGCGUCGGCAACUCCGCAAGCUGAAAUGCUACGCCGGCUACCACAGGAAACAUGGCCACGACGCUGUGCUCGCUAGGAAACUGCAGAGGAAGCGGGCCAAGGUAAACUUGGUAGCCAACCGUCCCGUGCCCUCGCAUGCUCGCUGCACGUUCGCCGAGGGCAGCGCACGGUGCGCUAACAACGUCGUGCCGGCCGCCAAGCACUGCCUCAAGCACAUCAUGAACGAUCGCCAUCAGGUGCUGUUCACGGCGUGCGGCGACGUGCGCGGGCUGAGCGCGUGCGCGGAGCCGGUGGCGCGGCUGCCCCUGCCGGCGGCGCAGUGCCGCCACCACACCAUGCCGCCCACCUACACUGUCUUCACGCUCAAGGUGCUGUUCACGGCGUGCGGCGACGUGCGCGGGCUGAGCGCGUGCGCGGAGCCGGUGGCGCGGCUGCCCCUGCCGGCGGCGCAGUGCCGCCACCACACCAUGCCGCCCACCUACACUGUCUUCACGCUCAAGGUGCUGUUCACGGCGUGCGGCGACGUGCGCGGGCUGAGCGCGUGCGCGGAGCCGGUGGCGCGGCUGCCCCUGCCGGCGGCGCAGUGCCGCCACCACACCAUGCCGCCCACCUACACUGUCUUCACGCUCAAGGUGCUGUUCACGGCGUGCGGCGACGUGCGCGGGCUGAGCGCGUGCGCGGAGCCGGUGGCGCGGCUGCCCCUGCCGGCGGCGCAGUGCCGCCACCACACCAUGCCGCCCACCUACACUGUCUUCACGCUCAAGGUGCUGUUCACGGCGUGCGGCGACGUGCGCGGGCUGAGCGCGUGCGCGGAGCCGGUGGCGCGGCUGCCCCUGCCGGCGGCGCAGUGCCGCCACCACACCAUGCCGCCCACCUACACUGUCUUCACGCUCAAGGUGCUGUUCACGGCGUGCGGCGACGUGCGCGGGCUGAGCGCGUGCGCGGAGCCGGUGGCGCGGCUGCCCCUGCCGGCGGCGCAGUGCCGCCACCACACCAUGCCGCCCACCUACACUGUCUUCACGCUCAAGGUGCUGUUCACGGCGUGCGGCGACGUGCGCGGGCUGAGCGCGUGCGCGGAGCCGGUGGCGCGGCUGCCCCUGCCGGCGGCGCAGUGCCGCCACCACACCAUGCCGCCCACCUACACUGUCUUCACGCUCAAGGUGCUGUUCACGGCGUGCGGCGACGUGCGCGGGCUGAGCGCGUGCGCGGAGCCGGUGGCGCGGCUGCCCCUGCCGGCGGCGCAGUGCCGCCACCACACCAUGCCGCCCACCUACACUGUCUUCACGCUCAAGGUGCUGUUCACGGCGUGCGGCGACGUGCGCGGGCUGAGCGCGUGCGCGGAGCCGGUGGCGCGGCUGCCCCUGCCGGCGGCGCAGUGCCGCCACCACACCAUGCCGCCCACCUACACUGUCUUCACGCUCAAGGUGCUGUUCACGGCGUGCGGCGACGUGCGCGGGCUGAGCGCGUGCGCGGAGCCGGUGGCGCGGCUGCCCCUGCCGGCGGCGCAGUGCCGCCACCACACCAUGCCGCCCACCUACACUGUCUUCACGCUCAAGGUAUGUAACUGUUCGAUGUGA